UCAGAUCUUGCACUAGGUAAAGUGAAAAAGCAAGAUGGUUCACUUUUGCCGCAAGCUGGAGCAAUGAUGCAGAUGGAAUACUUGUGCGAGGUAGAGGAUAUCGCAUACGGUGAAGCAAGUAAAUGCCCAACGGCUGAGAUUCCCAGCGAUGUUGUUGGGCCUUUGGAGGAAGAAAAUUUCGCUAUGAUACCGAAGACAGAAGCAAGUGACGCCAACAAGGCUAUAGAAAAGGCUAUACAUAAAUGGUGGAGUACAAUACAAACGGAUCCUACUCCUUAUGAUAAACACUUCCACGUCAUGGACAGACACACAAAAGCCCCGCUCAUGUCUUUCAUAAGAAUGGCCUGGCAUGAAACAUGGGCUAUAGGUUGCGGUGUGAAAGAAUGUGGCGAUCACUACACUAUCAUAUGCCGUUACAGAUGGGGGUAA